AAGGUCAAUUGCAGGAGCUCCCGGUUAUGCCUCAGAGCUGUGGGAUGAAUCACUGCUGUCCAUUCCUGGCAGAAAGAGUGCUUGAGUGCAUCUUGUGGGGGACUUGCUUCCCUGAAGUGCUUAUCUGGCACCUGCAGUCCUUCCAUAACCUGAUGCAGUCUGGCAAAUGCACCAGACGGGCUGCUAUCGUGUCAGCUCACCCUGCUUUGCACUUCCUCAGGGGGUGCAAGGUCUUAAUGUUCACUGCUUUUGCUGUGCUGGUCCUUGUUCCACCAUGCUAAGCUUAUAAAGUAGAAUAAAAAGUUUGUUUUAACAUAUUUCAGACUGAGGUUUUGGAGGCAUUUGGACAGACAGAGCUUACAAGUCAGCUGUAACCUACUUUGGGACAAUGCUUAUGCUUAGCUGUACUGGAUGAUUUAGAGGCUUUAUAUGUCCCACAAAGCCGGAGGCACAGGUUAGCCUGGGAUCUGGUAACCCAGGUUGUAGUUAGCACCUCUCCCUCUGAAAGCGGCUGUCUACAGUAAAAGAAAGUCUAGAAAUGCUUGUACUGUCCAUGGUGAAACACUGGAACUUCUAGUCCUAAGACGAAGUGAGGACAAAUUCUUUGUGUCCUAGAAGUGGGUAUUCUCCUCAUAAAUCAUAAACGGACACAUCUGACUGGACUGGGAGAGAGCUUUUCAUAUGGCCCAAUUAAUUCCAUCUGCCUGCACUUGAGGUGGAGGAAGAAACAUUUUUCAGGCUGUUUAUACACCCUGUUCUGAAGUUUUCUGCCUGCAGAUUCCUGUUCAGCUCUUUUUAUAAUAAUAAAAGUGAGGAGGUGACAGCGAACUUCAGUUAUGUCAUAUAAGAAAUAUUUGAAGGAAAGACUCCUCUGGAAGGCUACAAAAGAGAAAACCAGCCCUUAAACAGGAAUAUGACAGUCUGUCAAGAGACAGGUCAUCAACAAAACAUUGAGGAGCAGGGGAAGAAGAUGGUGGGAACCCUGUGCAGCGCAGCGUAGUCUCAGAGCCCAGUCACAAAAUGAAACACAAAAUCUUGUAAGAGACAGUUGACAGAGCUGAAAUGGGAGUCAGCUAGGACAGUAAUCUUAGGUUUUAAACUGUGCCAUUUGCUUCUCCUGGAGGCAGUAGUUAUUUUAGUUGAUUACAACUAAGAAAAACUGAAGCCUAAUUAGAUAUUGUCUUUGAUUCCAGGAAAUAAGAAACUUUUCUAGUCACUGGGAAAGCAAAAGAAGAGCUUUACUGUUAACACAGGCACUUAAAGUUAGAUGUACCUCUUUCUAUUGUGUUCUUAAGUGUUGGUAGUAGAGGAUGGGAAACAGCCAUGAACUGGGUUGUCCAUUACAGCCACAUUUUUUCUUCCUCCUCUGUGCUUCAGGCUAUUUAUUCUUGCUGGGAGCUUUCUGAGUUGUAGAAAGAACUUUUUUACAAAUCUGAAAUGCUGUUCGUAUUCCCUGGGUGAAUUUGUGUUCCUCAUUUGUGCCUCAUUCUUGUUAUUUAUGUGUGUCCCUCUUUGCACUUUAGUUGCGCAGCCUUAGUUAAUCUAAUUAUCCUUAGGAAGGACUGACGUUUCGGUCAUUUUCAGAGACACUGUGAUUUAGGGCCCUUCUUGUAAAGAAAUUUUAGCUGGGUUCGACUGGCUCUGUGAAGUUUCAUUGUUCACAGGACAACUGAUUGCAGUAUUUCUACGAACUGCAUGAAGUCUUCACCCUGCUGGGUUUUAAUUAAAUGCAAAAUUACCCAAAGCUCAAUUUGCCUUUAUAAGAAGUAUUUUGUAAUAUGUUUCAAGUUGGGUGUCCUGGCUCCAGCUGCAGCCACAGAUGCUCUGUGCAGAGAUCUGCUUUCUUUUGGUGUGCAUAAAACUGUCUAAUAUUCUGAAAAAAUUACUUUGCAAAAUGCAGAUCCCUGGUGCAGGGUUGUGUUAAUGACAAGUAUCUAUCAAGGCAGUUUAAUGAUGCUCAAUGUUGCAUUGCAGUUUCUGUUAAUCUGUGGGGAAAAUCACUGCUGUUUUGUUUUUCUUCGGUAGUGGCGUAUUGAAGCUGAUAAUUUGCACAGAGAAAUUUAGGUUGGAAGGGACCUCUGGGGGUCAUCUGGUCCAACCUGCUGCUCAAAGCAUGCUCAACUAGAUCAGGUAUAUACUUAUUGAGGUGCAAGAUGUCUGCCCUGAGGUUGAUUUCUAACAGAACCUCCCAGCAGGCCUUGUCUAACUCUGAUUACACCUGGGACUAUGAGUACUAUGAGUAUGGACCAGUGUCGUUUGAAGGCCUGAAGGCUCAUAAAUAUUCCAUUGUGAUUGGAUUUUGGGUUGGUCUUGCAGUUUUUGUUAUCUUCAUGUUUUUUGUCCUGACCCUGCUGACAAAGACAGGAGCACCACAUCAAGACAAUGCAGAACCUUCUGGAAAGAGAUUUCGCAUGAAUAGCUUUGUGGCAGAUUUUGGAAGGCCUCUGGAGUCGGAGAGGGUCUUUUCUCGCCAAAUAGCUGAAGAAUCACAGUCACUUUUCCAUUUCUGUAUUAAUGAAGUGGAACAUUUGGACAAAGCAAAACAAAAUCAGAAAGGUCCAGGUCUGGAGAGUAAUACCCACUUCCAGGAAGCUCCCAAGAGCAGCGGUAUGUUUGAGGAAGACCUACACUGUCUUACAAAAUUUAACAUUCCUAACUUUGUGAAUGCUGAGCAGAACUCUUCGCUGGGUGAGGAUGAUCUCCUCAUCUCAGAGGCACCAAUCAUUUCAGACAGCAGAUCAGUCAUGCAAUCAUCCCAUCGGAUCCUUGACUAAAAAGCCUUUUACUUUAAGGUAAACAUUCCCGUUACUCUCCACUUUGAAGCCUUUCAUGGACUUCUGGUAUUGUGAUAGAAGGUAUUUCAGAUCUGUGUUUUCUACUGUAUGUAAGACUGUCUGUGCUCACCCAACUCAGUUUAGAUAUGAAGUAAACCACUUAAAGCUUAAUUCAGA